AUGGCCGGAGGCAGCGGCGCGCGCGAGGCGCGCUCUUGUCGGGUCUCGCGUCCCGGGAGUCCCGGGUCCGAGGUCCCCGCUGCGUCACUGACUGGACCUCGUGCAGAAGCCCGUCUCGAGGGCGGAGGUGGAGGGUCGCGGCGCGCUGCCCAAGACCGGUGCUCAGGCGGCGUCCCUUCUCUUGCAGCUUGGCAGCACCCUUUCCUCAAUGUAUUCAGACACUUCAGGGUGGAUGAGUGGAAACGGUCCAGCAAAGAGGGAGAUGUGUCUGUGGUGACGGACAAGGUCCUGAAGAGCGCCGUGUAUCGCAUCCGUGGAUCUGUAUCUGCCAGCAACUACAUCCAGCUCCCCAGAACUAGCACCCAGUCUCUAGGGCUGACUGGGCGGUACCUGUAUGUGCUUUUCCGGCCCCUGCCUACCAAGCACUUUGUCAUCCACUUGGACUUGUCCACCAAGGACUGCCAGGUCAUCCGUGUGUCUUUCUCCAACCUCUUUAAGGAGUUCAAGUCCUCCGCAACAUGGCUUCAGUUCCCCUUUGCCUUCGAGACUAAGACACCCAGGAGAGACCUGGCAGGUGUACGUCCUCCUCGUGCCCGCUGGACCUGCCUGCAGGUGGACCUGCGUGACAUCCUGAUGUUCUACCUGAGCCGGCAUUAUGGCCAUCUUAAGAGCAUCAGGCUGUGUGCCAGCCUGCUAGUCAGAAACCUCUACACCAGUGAUCUGUGCUUUGACCCUGCUGUCACCAUCACUGAGGCCCGGCGUGCAAAGUUGUCAGUCAACCCUAUGCCUCGAGAAAUGGCCUUCCCAGUGCCAAAAGGGGAGAGCUGGCAUGACCAUUACAUCCACAUUCGGUUUCCAAAUGACGGCUCAAAGGCACCUGAUGAGCAGGCUGAGAAGAACUGCUCUCCUCCAGAGGCAGUCUUCCUAGGGCAUGUGUCACAGCGCCUGCCUCAUCCAGUGGUCUUUGGCAAACCUUUGCUGAGCAGUAGGUCCCCUGUGGCCCAGACAUCUAGCCCUACAUUGCCAUGCCAGGUCCUUUCAGCACCCAGUCGCCUUCCAGAGGCCAGCCUGACCAAAUAUCCAGAAGUCUUCAGUGUAAGUGCCUCCGGCAUCCAUGGCCAACGUCUUCCAGCCUGGGAUGAGAUUACCGAUGCACACAUGGUGGCCGGUGGGAGACACGUUCUUCCUGACAAAUCAUCUGGAGUGCCCAUGGCCCUUGAGGACAUUGGCUCCUGUAAGGUCUUCCUCCCAGACCCAGUCCUUAGGCUCAAGGGAGUCAUCGGCUUUGGGGGUCACAGCACCCAAUGGGCCCUGUGGACCAAAGAUGGUGUAGCCGUUGUUUACCCCUGCCAUGCAGUCAUAAUCGUCCUGCAGAUUGACACUGGACAGCAGAGAUUUUUCCUUGGCCACACCGACAAGGUCUCUGCCCUGGCGCUCAAUGGCAGUGAUACAGUGCUAGCCUCAGCUCAGGUGCAGCCUCCCAGCAUGGUGCGUCUCUGGGACUUCCAGACUGGGGGAUGCCUGUCUCUCUUCAGAAGCCCACUGCACACCAUCUGCUCCCUCAGCUUCUCUGGCAGUGGGGCGCUCCUCUGCGGUGUGGGCAAGGACAGACAUGGGAGGACGGUGGUGGUGGCCUGGAACACAGACCAGGUGGGCCUUGGCGGUGAGGUGACGGUUCUUGCAAAGGUGCAUGCUGACUUUGACGUUCAGACCUUCCGGAUUGCCUUUUUUGAUGAAUCAAGGAUGGCAUCAUGUGGUCGGGGCAGUGUGCGGCUCUGGCGGCUGCGGGGUGGUGUACUUCGAUCCUGCGCUGUGGACCUGGGGGAGUACUGUUCACUGGAGCUCACUGACCUUGCCUUUGCACAGGCGCUGGAUGGCCACUGUGUGCCCUCGGCCAGCAUGCUCUUUGUGUGCAGCCACAGUGGUCACAUCCUGGAGAUUGACCACCAGCGCAUGGCUGUGCAGCAUGUCCGCCGCUUGCUGCCGGCACAGUCCCCUGGUGUUCCCCUCACCGAGAAGCAGAACUUCAGCAUGGGGUCCGGCAUUGCUAUCAGUAGCCUCAGUGUCUCUACUGCCACAUGUGCUGUGGGCUCUGAGGAUGGCUACCUGCGACUCUGGCCCCUGGACUUCUCCUCAGUGCUUCUAGAGGCCGAACACGAUGGCCCUGUCAGUUCAAUCUCCUUCAGUCCCGAUGGCCUGCGUGUGCUGUCCACCACCACUUCAGGCCACCUGGGCUUCCUGGAUGUUCCUUCCCGGGAGUAUACUGUGUUGGCACGCUCCCACAUGGCCCCAGUGCUGGCGCUUUCUACAGAACAGAACCGGGGACAAAUGGCCACUGUGUCCCUUGACCACACUGUCCGCAUCUGGGAUCUGGCUACCCUACAGCAGCUCUUUGACUUCUCAUCCUCUGAGGACACCCCUUGUGCCGUUGCUUUCCACCCCACAAUGCCAAACUUCUUCUGUGGCUUCAGCAGCGGGACUGUGCGUUCCUUCAGCUUGGAGAACUCUGGAGUCCUGGUAGAACACACGCGUCACCGAGGGGCCAUCACCAGCCUGGUCAUCACCCCUGACGGCAGAUUCCUGUUCAGCUCCUGUUCUCAGGGCUCCCUAGUCCAGUACAGCUGUGCUGUUUCCAGAUGCUGCGUCCUACGUGUGGCAGCCAAUAUGGUAUGUCAGGAUGGUCGCCCCAACCCCAAUAUCCUGGCAGUCAGUGGAGACAGCUGCCGGCUGGCCUUUGUGGGCCCCUCCAAGUGCAUGGUGACAGUUGUGGAGUCGGCAUCCUUGGAUGAGCUACUCCAUGUUGAUGUCAGCACCCUCAACCUGGCCAGCAACCACCUGGACUGGGCUAUGGCCGUCUGCUUCAGCCCCGAGAACUCAGGCCAUCUGCUGGUGUCCACAUCCUCUAACAAGGUUGUGGUACUGGAUGCUGUGUCAGGAUACACAAUCCGGGAGUUAUCUAGUGUCCGAUCCAGAGCCUGCUCCUCCCUGGCUCUCAGUGAGGAUACUCGUUUGCUGCUGGCAGCCACUGGCCGGACCAUUACAGUGUGGGAUUAUCUAACACAGGCGAACCCCAGCUGCCAGGUAUACAUUGGCCACUCAGAGCCUGUGCACGUUGUAGCCUUCACACCUGAUCAGCUACAGGUCAUCAGUGUGGGGGAUGCCAUCUUCCUCUGGGACAUCCUGGCCACCCCUGAGAGGCAAGUAGAUGACCCUGAGGCAUCCCCAGUGCAUGAGGCCGGCUCCAGUGCAGGGCAGCUGGAGGACCUGGCAUCUGGGGCCAGUGGACUCCCUCGGCAGCAAGUGCCCAUACCAUCUCAGGCAACACCGCCCCCACUGAGUACCCAUGACAGGCUUCUUGAAGGCAGUGUUGGCACUUUCUCCACUUCUGAUGAGGAAGGACUCUGUGAGGAGAACCAUGUUUGUGAGGCAUUCCGCCAAGGCCAGGACCCAACCCCACCUGUGCUCGUGGAGAAGGAGGCCAGUGGAGCUGGGGAUGCCCCCCAGGAGGCUGCAAAGAGCUCCUGGACACAUGCCGAGCUUCCCAGUCACCACAACCAACUGAGUGAAUGGAACCUUCGGAGCAGAAAGGCUGGGCUGCCAACCCGCCCAGACUCCUACAAGCAUUUCACAGCUCGAUAUAAGGCCUCUACACGGGUUAAGAGUGUCGCCUUCCCUCCCGUUGGCAGAGAGCAGCUGCGACUGAAGGCCGUUGUGGGCUACAAUGGGAAUGGGCGGGCCAACAUGGUCUGGAGGCCCGACACAGGCUUCUUUGCCUACACAUGUGGUCGCCUGGUGGUAGUGGAGGACCUGCAUUCUGGCACCCAGCAGCACUGGCUUGGCCAUCCUCAGGAGAUCUCUACACUGGCACUCAACCAGGAUGGCCAGGUCUUGGCCUCUGCCUCCUGCUGUGGCAACACAGCUGCCCGCUGCCAGAUCCGAAUUUGGUAUGUUGCCAAGGGCCUCUGUCGGCACGUCCUUUCCCACCAUGACACAGCUGUGCAGGCUCUGGCCUUCUCACCAGAUGAUGAGUUCCUUGUAACAUUGGGGGACUAUGCUGACCGGAACCUUGCCCUGUGGAGCAUGGCCACCUAUGAACUCCUGUCAUCCACUCGCCUCCUGGAGCCUGUGCAUGGCGUGGCCUUUAACCCGUGGGAUGCCAGUGAGCUCGUCUGUGUGGGCACAAGUGCCAUUACCUUCUGGCUCCUGCAGCACCAUGGGGCAAACACCAGCUUUCAGGUACACCAAGAACCAGUCCCUGAAGAACUGGGGGCGUCCGAGUUGACCUCACUGUGCUAUGGGGCCAGCCCUCUGCUCUACUGCGGCUCCAGCUCUGGCCAGGUCUGUGUCUGGGAUACUGGCACUGGCCACUGCUUCCUGGCCUGGGAGGCUGAUGAUGGCGAGAUUGGAGUGCUGCUGUGCUCAGGCUCUAGACUGGUCAGUGGGAGCAACACAAGAAGGCUGCGCCUUUGGGCUGUUGGGGUUGUGCCAGAGCUGAGGCACAAAGGCUCAAGUGCCAGGUCCAGUUCUGUUUUCAUGGAGCGUGAGCUGACCCUGGAUGGGGCUGUUGUGAGUGCCAGCUUUGACAGUGGCAUGGACAUGGGUGUAGUGGGCACCACAGCUGGCACGAUCUGGUACAUCAGCUGGACAGAGGGCACUAGUACCCGCCUUAUCAGUGGCCACAGGACCAAGGUAAACGAGGUGGUCUUCAGCCCCAGUGAAUCUCACUGUGCUACCUGUGGCGAGGAUGGAAGCGUGAGGGUGUGGUCUUUGGCCAGCAUGGAGCUGGUGAUCCAGUUUCAGGUGCUGAACCAGAGUUGCCUCUGCCUUGCAUGGACGCCCCCGUCCUGUGGCCUCCCAGAGCAGCAGCAGGUGGUGGCCGGCUACAGCGAUGGCACACUUCGAGUCUUCAGCAUCUCUCGUACUGCGAUGGAACUCAAGAUGCACCCCCACCGGGCCGCCCUGACAGCCAUUGCCUUCUCCACUGACGGUCAGACCAUCCUAUCUGGAGAUAAGGACGGACUUGUGGCUAUAAGCCACCCCUGCACAGGAAUGACCUUCCGUGUGCUCAGUGACCACCGUGGUGCUCCAAUUUCUGCUAUCCAGAGCACGAGCAAAGAAUAUGGAGACCUUGGGGUAGAGGGUGUAGAACUAUGGCUGGCUGCAAGUGGGGACCAGCGUGUCAGCAUCUGGGCCUCUGAUUGGCCCCGGGACCGCUGUGAGCUGCUGGAAUGGCUGAGCUUUCCUGCACCUGCCGUCUCAGAGGCUCCGGGCCUCCUGCCCCCCUCUCUUGCCGCCUUCUGCCCUUGGGAUAGGGCAAUACUGGUGUGUGUGGGCCUUGGUGCACAUGAAGAGGUAGUCUUCUACAGCCUCCGUCAAAAGCAGGUGGUACAGAAGACACCUCUGCCCUUCUUUGCCAUGUCCUUGAGCCUGUCCCCAGGGGCUCAGCUCAUGGUGGUUGGUUUUGCUGAAUGCAUGCUAAGGCUCCUAGACUGUGCAUCAGGGACUGUCCAGGACUUUGAAGGCCAUGAUGACUCGGUGCACCUGUGUAGGUUCACUCCGUCUGGCAAACUGCUCUUCACAGCUGCUCACAACGAGAUCCUGGUGUGGGAAGUCACCAGCCCCUGAGUUAGGAACAUAGGCAGAAAGCCAAACUGUAGACUGCUCUAUGCCGAGUCAGGAUGGCUGGGACAGACUUCAGAACUGCAUUGUUUGGAAUUUGGGUGAAAUCUGAAAAGAUUUAAGGAGCCUGAAGGUGUGGCAAUGGCUUAGAAUCUGUGAAGCAUGGAUUUGGUCCUCAGAACCACUCCCCGGACCCCCAGAAGACUUGGCAUACUGUGUUGUUUUUCACAUGAAGUUUGUUUUAUUGUUUUUACUGUACAGAUUAAGUAAAUAAAAACUGGCAUUUAUUAUAUCGAUACAUUG